AUGGCCACCACGACCUCCGGAUUUAACGCCAAUAGAUUAUUUUGUGUGGGGCUGGAUGAAGUCUAUGGUUUAUUCUGCGGCAGUUGGCACGCAAGAAGAGCUAAGAAAUCGCACCGUGGAAGCCGCAGUAACUAACUAUACUAUACGAAGAGCCAGUGAUGCAUGGAUUCGUCGUGCUGAAUGUUGCAU